AUGAGUGUCAGUAUGUCUGCUUUCAGGCUCUCAAAGCGAGGCAUACCGAGACUGAAAUGUACAGGCUGUCUUGCACGUGGAUUUGCUACUUUCGAUCCAUAUUCUGCUCUACAUUGCCCUCCAGAUGCAACAUCAGACACAAUCAAACGGAGCUACUUCAAACUGGUCUUUGACUUACAUCCUGAUAGACAAGGAGUUGUUGACACUCGCAAGCCAGAAACUGCGACCGAGAAGCUCAAGAAGGAACAGUUUCUGAGAGUGGUUAAAGCGUAUGAGAUACUUGGUAAUCCUGACAAGAAAAAACAAUACGAUCUUGAUGUUAGACGAGGAAUGGGAUCGAGGUAUUCAGAUAUAUCAAGUAAUGGAUCAUCUUCAGCCGCUUACAGACCGACCAGAGGCUGGCAAUCAACAGGAGACGACUAUUACAGUUAUUAUUACAACAACUCUGGUAGAAGUACAGGACCUCGUUAUAUGACCAACGGUCGAAUGGCUUUCUUGAUUUUCGUUGCUGCUAUUAUAUCUGGAGGGCAAGUACCACGAUUUUUGCUGUUCACAUUCCUACACAUCGCCAACAUCAGAUCCGUCUUUGUGCGGCAGAUGAAUCAACGCGAUGAGGCUUUACAGAGAGUUUAUAAUGAAGCUGCUACUCAGGCGAGGGCUAAUGGAUCAAUUGAUAGAGGUAUUGAUCUGUUGCUUGCUAAACAGAGGGCGCGAGGUGUUGAUGUGGAUACGCAGCUGGCUGGUGCAUCAUCCGCAUCGCUGAAUAAGAAGAUCAAGGAGCUGGAAUAG